AUGUUUGCGUGUAUCACAUAUGUCCAUUUAUACGCUGAGGCUGACAUCGGAAUCAGCUACCGGCAUUACACCUAUUCCUCUGGAUCUGCAGAUGAAGGCUUCAGCUUAGUUAUUGCUCGUAUUCUAUAUCUGGAUAUACCAACUGAAGAGAUCACUUAUCUCGUGUUGUCGGCAUCGGCGUUGCGCAGUGAUUUGAUUUAUGUGCGUGAAUCUCGUUGGCCUAGCAUAAGCUUCCGCGGACGACAUGAACUAUCUUUUAAUGCUGAUGUUGGUCCCACUAUGUCGUCAGGAUUAUCCUUCCCGGAGAUAAAUGCGGCUUUGGCAUUGAGAUUGUUGGCGGACGACUACGUCGAUCGGGGUACUGCUGGGAGUAGCGGAGGCAUCGGCUCCGCUAACAAAGAGAUUGCGGGUUUCCGUGACCGGUGA